CUACUAUUUACUCAAUGCUAGAAGUGUGUCUAUAUAAAUCCGGUAGUCCUAAAACUACUUAGAAUUAUUGGACGUACCUUCCGAGGCCCCGUGUGUUUAAGCAUUUGGCCAUUUGAAGUCGUCAACGCACAUCUCCACGCCAUGGCAGAUUCUACAUCUGAGCCUCAAGACAAUAUAAUUCAGGUUGACGACACUCCGGUACCGGACUUCGAGGAUGAGGCGAACGGAAGUGAAGCUGGAAGUAGUCUGACGUCUAUCACUUCUUCCAUUUUGCGAGGUAAAGUUGACGAGGGAGGGAGGACCUAUGCAGUCUAUGGCAAAGAAGAAUAUGGAUUUCCGAUGGACGAGCCUGAACUGGACCGGAUUGAUAUGUGCCACGCCAAAUACUAUGCGCUCUUGAACAAGAAGCGCUUCCUAGCACCCAUUCCACCCAAACCCCAGAAAAUACUGGAUCUGGGCUGCGGAACCGGAAUAUGGUGUAUCGAUGUGGCACACGACUUUCCGUCGGCUGAAGUCGUUGGUAUUGACAUUGCACCAACUCAACCAACAUGGGUGCCCGCAAAUUGUCGCUUUGAGCUCGACGACAUGGAGCAACCGUGGACUUGGAAUGAAAACGCCUUUGAUUUCAUCUUCAGUCGUGAUCUCAUAGCUGCGGUUCGCGACUUUCCCAAGUUGAUUGACCAAUGCUACACUCAUCUAAAACCAGGCGGAUACCUGGAGUUCCAGUGUGUCACUGGAACCCUCCAAAGUGACGAUGACAGUGUUUAUAAAGAUUCGGCAUUGCAGAAAUUUUCCGAUAGCAUAAGCCUUGCCGGUGAAGCAUUUGGGACGAAAGUCGAUGACCCUAUGCGAUGGAAAGGGUGUACGUUUCGCUUACUUCACUCAUGGUUGUCUUUCAUUCUUGCCUGCUUCAUGAUUAGACGCUGAUCCAUAGCCGGACGAAUCAGGGUUCGAAGAACGCGGCUUUGAGGACAUCUCUGAAAGGAUUAUUAAGCUUCCUAUAAAUACUUGGCCCAAGGACAAACGACUGAAACUUUUAGGAGCUUGGGAAAUGGAGAACCUGUUGAGUAGUCUCGAAGGCAUGGUGAUGCGAAUUUUCCAGAAAUCACUUGGCUGGACAGCAGAAUAAGUGCUGGUAUUUCUGGUCGAUGUCCGAAGGGACAUAAGAACCGAAACCUUCACGGGUAUUGGCCAUUCUAUGUCGUCUCUGGGCGAAAACCACUAUCUGAUGUCGGAAAGGAAGGGUAGAAUCGUUUGCCUGGAACGAAAAACAAAGUGUAUGGUGGUGGGAGUUGUUAGGGCGAGAAGUGGCAUUCGCUCCCUAUCCGCGAUGCAUGCCAGGCCCUCAAAUGAAAAUAUAACAAUGAUAUCACUGUGAACAUUUGCAGACCUUCAGCUAGAAUGGAUUCGAAAGUACUACAAGAAUAAGUUGAGUACCCUAGGGGAAAAAACAUGGUUCGUCAAACGUAGAUCAGAUAUCCACUAUGAACCAUCCGCAAUGCCGUUGAUUCUGGGGAUGUUUAUCUGCCUAUCAUCUCUCAACUCAUCGACUGGCUCUUCACCUGCAUCCUUCUUCUUCAAAACACAAUCGUCUUUAAAGCUCUUCAAUAACCAUACGCAAGAUAUGAGGGCCAAUAAUUUUGAGCACUAGCCUCAAUUCUCGGUAUUGAAAAUAAGAAACAUGAUGUAGCAUGAAAAUUGUAGUGAAGAACAGAGAAGAGAACAAGUUGUAUGCCACAGAAACAACAUCGAUAACGUAAUGUGAGUUCAACGUCGCAGAAUUGUAUAGGUUAUUGGCUCGAGAUUGCUUUGGUUCCGGCUGUGAUGUUUGAACAGGACAUUGGUGGAGAAGCUCCGUCGCAAAGCGGAAUAUAGCGUUCGAAUUGAAUGGGACCCCGACUUUUACACAUUUAGUUCGGCAAUGAAAGAGUAAGGCGAGAUGUCAGACGAAGUAAGCCCAUCAUUUAUUGCAAAGACGGGUGGAUGUCUCAAAGAAGUCAAGAAUGGGAAGGGGAUACUUUGGC